AUGUCCCAUCCCUACAGACUGAAGGCAAACCCCUCGGCGUCCUCCUUGACCACAGCCCAUACUAGCACCACGUCUCCCCCCAUGGCCACACCUCCCAGCAACACUAUUCACAACAACAACAAUAUCAACACGCCGUAUCCCUUGAGCGACGCCCACACUGAGUCCACGUCAGACGUUAGCUACAAAAGCUCUCUUUCCCACCAGUACCAAGCACUAGCAGCCCCGGGAUCAGCCAGCCACAGUCACGGAUCAAACGGACACGCCAACAAACCUUUGGACGAGACCACGUCCUUGAGCAACAGAUUCGCAGCCACCACGCUCUCGAGCCCUCGUUUUUCGUCCAACGAUCAUCGUGCGCUUAGCGUGUCGCCUCGGCACGAUGCGGUGCUUCCUUCCACGGUGCCCUACCCCAUCAACGAACCGUCGGCAGCGUCACUGUCUCGAAGCAGAGACUCGGCAGUCACGUCGCCUCCGCUGAUCCCGGUGUCGGCAGACUCGUCGGUGACAAACCUCAACUUGAACCACCCUACCCAACCCCAGGACUUGUACUCGAGACCAGAACAUAACCUCUCUGUGGCCAGCAUGCCGGGCCAAUUGGCCCGCUACAGCCAUGCACGGUCGCUUUCGUCGUCGUCGUCGUUCUUCCACGAUCAAGAUUCCCAUAACCUUGUCAGCGACUAUCUAGGCGAGAACCUGGCCCAUUUGAUGCCUCGGAUCAAGACGAUGGAAAUGUACAGAAAGAACGCGAAGAAGUCGACCGACCCGGCCGUCUUGUUCCAGUACGCCCAGUAUAUGCUACAAACUGCGCUAAUGCUCGUGACAGACUCGCCUCUGACCUCGGGUGGAAGCACUCCAAACGGCACCACCCCCAAGAAGCCACAAACGGGAUCCUCCUUGUCAUUGGACACCGAGCUGACAAAAAAGGGCCACCGCAAGUCCAAGUCGUCCAACUCCUUUGACUUGCAGGACGCUUCGACGCCUGAGCUCAAGAAGUCUUUGCUAAAGGAAGCCCACCAUUACUUGAAGCGUCUCUCCGACAAAGGGUACGUGGAUGCCCAGUACUUACUAGGUGAUGCGUACAGCUCGGGCGCUUUUGGCAAAGUUGAUAAUAGAGAAGCAUUUAGUUUAUUCCUUGCGGCAGCUAAGCACGGACACACGGAAUCGGCAUUCAGAACGGCCCAUUGCUACGAGGAGGGCCUCGGCACGGGCCACGAUGCUCGAAAAGGAAUUGAUUUCCUCAAAAUGGCUGCGUCCAAAAACCACCCUGCUGCUAUGUACAAGCUAGGUGUUUACUGUUUCUACGGCCGUAUGGGUGUGUCUAAUAGCGUGGACAAGAAGAAAGCUGGCAUCAAGUGGUUAGAGCGAGCAUCGAACGUGGCCACCGAGUUGACGGCAGCGGCGCCCUAUGAGCUAGGCAAAAUUUACUACGAAGGGUUCCUCGAUAUUGUUAUUGUCGACAAGAUGUAUGCGCUCAAGCUCUUUGCCGAGGCAGCAGCUCUUGGCCACGUCGAGUCCGCAGCCAUUUUGGGCCACCAUUACGAAGUGGGUGAAGUUGUCGAAUCGGAUGCCCAAUUGUCCAUCAACUAUUACACCAACGCCGCCGUUGCCGGCCAUCCGCAGUCAAUGCUCUCCAUCUGUGCCUGGUACCUCGUUGGUCUGGAGCCUUACUUGCCCAAGAGCGAAUAUGAAGCAUUUGAGUGGGCCAAGAAGGCUGCGCAGUGUGGUUUGGCCCAGGCUCAAUUCGCUCUUGCCAACUUCUACGAGAAGGGCAUUGGGUGUGACAAGAAUGCCAACGAGGCUCAAGUGUGGUACACCAAGGCCGCCGAAAAUGGCGAGGCCAAGGCCCUCGCCAGAAUCACCAACAAAGACGCUGCUGCCAAAGCUGCAAAAUUGGCAAGGCGAAAUCGCAAGAAGAAUGCUUCUACCGCGGCCGGUCCCGGUGACUCUGCUCAAGAGAAGGACUGUGCCAUUGUUUGA